UCGCCAGAGGAGGGAGAGAGGGAGGGGGCACGAGCGCCUGAGUAGGAGCCGCUCCUCAGGGCGCCCCCUCCUCCCAUCUCGCUCAGCCUAUCCCGGCUGGGCCGCUCUGGGCUCGGCUCGCCUCGGCUCCCUGCUGUUGGGCGGGGAGAGCGGCCAGAGGCAAGGGGGAGGGGAGCAGCAAGGACAUGGGCUGGCUCUGAGAAGAGGGAAGCCGACGUGCGUGUGCCUCCCGAUAUUUUAAUAACUGUUUGUUGUUGGGUGGUGCGGUUUUGUUGUUUUGGGUAUUUUUCCCCUCCCGUUUUCCCCGAGGCAGAGGGGAGGAAAGCCGCCCCCCGCCCGCAGCGCGCCUGCAUGGCUCCUCUUCCCCGGAGCGCCCCUGGAAAAUAAAAUCCUCCUCAGGCCAGGUGACGUCCCCCCGCCUCCGCGCUCACACACACGGGGAGCGGCAGAGGCGGGGGAGAGCCCGCCCCUGAGAAAAUGGAGGGACCCUCGGGCCCGGCGGAGGAAGGGGAGCUUACGCUCCUCACCGUCAAGCACGAGCUGAGGAACGCAAACUUGACAGGCCAUGCAGAAAAAGUUGGCAUUGAAAACUUUGAGCUCCUGAAAGUUCUUGGAACAGGAGCCUAUGGAAAAGUGUUCCUGGUAAGGAAAGUAAGCGGCCAUGAUGCUGGAAAGCUGUAUGCCAUGAAAGUGCUGAAGAAAGCAACAAUAGUUCAAAAAGCCAAAACAACUGAGCACACAAGGACAGAGCGACAAGUAUUGGAGCACAUUAGGCAAUCACCGUUUUUGGUCACAUUACAUUAUGCCUUCCAGACAGAUACAAAGCUUCAUCUCAUUUUAGAUUAUAUAAAUGGAGGAGAAUUGUUUACUCACCUUUCACACAGAGAGAGAUUCUCAGAAAAUGAGGUGCAAAUUUACAUUGGGGAAAUCGUUUUGGCACUUGAACAUCUCCACAAGUUGGGGAUUAUAUAUCGGGAUAUAAAACUUGAGAAUAUCCUCCUCGAUUCUGAUGGCCAUGUGGUGCUAACAGACUUUGGUCUGAGUAAGGAGUUUCUUACUGAUGAGAAUGAGAGAGCAUAUUCAUUCUGUGGAACAAUAGAAUACAUGGCUCCAGAUAUUGUACGAGGGGGAGACACAGGACAUGAUAAGGCUGUUGAUUGGUGGAGUGUUGGUGUUCUUAUGUAUGAAUUAUUAACUGGAGCAUCACCAUUUACAGUUGAUGGAGAGAAAAAUUCCCAAGCAGAGAUUUCUAGGAGAAUAUUAAAAAGUGAGCCACCUUAUCCACAAGAAAUGAGUGCACUCUCUAAGGAUAUAAUUCAGCGUCUUUUGAUGAAAGAUCCCAAGAAGAGGCUGGGUUGUGGUCCCACUGAUGCUGAUGAAAUCAAACAGCAUCCCUUUUUCCAGAAUAUGAAUUGGGAUGAUUUAGCUGCCAAAAAAGUACCAGCUCCAUUUAAACCGGUAAUCAGAGAUGAGUUGGAUGUCAGCAAUUUUGCAGAAGAGUUUACAGAAAUGGAUCCAACGUAUUCACCUGCAGCAACCCCUCAGACUUCAGAAAGAAUAUUUCAGGGAUAUUCUUUCGUUGCACCUUCUAUUUUGUUUAAACGCAAUGCAGCUACAGUAGAUCCUCUUCAGUUUUAUAUGGGGGAUGAGCGGCCUGGAACUACAACUAUUGCCAGAAGUGCUAUGAUGAAGGACUCUCCAUUUUAUCAUCAUUAUGAACUGGAUCUGAAAGAGAAACCAUUGGGAGAAGGAAGUUUUUCCAUUUGUCGAAAGUGCUUACACAAGAAAACUAGCCAAGAGUACGCAGUAAAAAUAAUUAGCAAAAGAAUGGAAGCCAACACCCAGAGAGAAAUAACAGCUCUGAAACUUUGCGAAGGACACCCAAAUGUAGUGAAGUUACAUGAAGUUUAUCAUGACCAGCUUCACACGUUUCUAGUAAUGGAAUUGCUGAAGGGAGGAGAAUUACUUGAACGUAUUCAGAAAAAGAAACAUUUCAGUGAGACUGAAGCUAGUCAUAUUAUGCGCAGACUUGUUUCAGCAGUGAGCCAUAUGCACGAUGUAGGAGUAGUCCACAGAGAUCUGAAACCUGAGAAUUUGUUGUUUACGGAUGAAACUGAUAAUUCAGAAAUAAAAAUAAUUGAUUUUGGCUUCGCUCGUUUAAAACCACCUGAUAAUCAGCCUCUUAAGACUCCAUGUUUUACUCUUCAUUAUGCUGCCCCAGAGCUCUUGAAUCACAACGGUUAUGAUGAAUCUUGUGACCUGUGGAGUUUGGGCGUAAUUUUGUAUACAAUGCUAUCAGGACAGGUACCAUUUCAGUCUCAAGACAAAAGUUUGACAUGUACCAGUGCUUUGGAAAUUAUGAAGAAAAUAAAAAAGGGAGAAUUUUCCUUUGAAGGAGAAGCUUGGAAAAAUGUUUCUGAAGAGGCUAAAGAGUUAAUUCAAGGACUUCUAACAGUGGAUCCAAACAAAAGAAUUAAAAUGUCCAGCCUGAGGUACAAUGAAUGGCUUCAGGAUGGUAGCCAGCUGUCAUCCAACCCUCUAAUGACUCCUGAUAACUUAGGCUCUUCAGGAGCUGCGGUGCAUACAUAUGUCAAAGCCACUUUUCAUGCCUUUAACAAGUACAAAAGGGAAGGAUUUUGUCUUCAGAAUGUUGACAAGGCACCUCUUGCAAAGAGAAGGAAAAUGAAAAAAACAAGUACAAGCACAGAGACGCGUAGCAGCUCAAGUGAAAGUUCACAUUCUUCUUCCUCUCAUUCUCAUGGUAAAACUACACCUACAAAGACACUGCAGCCAACAAACCCUACAGACAGCAAUAACUCAGAAACCAUCUUCCAGUUCUCUGAUUGAAAAGCAGAGAAUAUCCUGUCUUGAAGAUUUCAGUGGUUAUAAACUUGUUAUUACCUGUAUUGUCUUCUCCCACCCUUCCUUCCUGUGACCUACAGGAUACAGGAAUAUGUCUGUUGCUUUAAAAAUGUAUUUUGGUCAUGCCUUUUUAGCUUUGUGUUUCAAUACAUUUCUUCUUAGCAUUAAGUUGGUAUCACAGGAUACGGUGAAAUACUAUCCUACAACCAGCAUUGUAUUCUUUUAGGGCUAAAUUACUGGUGUGCAGGCAAGCUCAAGGUAAAGAGCUAUGCUGUUCGUGGUACAGCUUGGAGGAAGACUGUUUCUCCACAUCAGGAUCUUCCUCCCAGUUUCUUCCCCACUGUUCAAAGAAAGGAAAGCUCUGUAACAUAUAGAGAACUUUUGGAUCUUUUGCAUUUACCCAGCUCUGUGAAGAAUGUCAUAGAGUCUGACAAGUCACGCAUACAGAGGAUCAUUGGAACAAUGAACCAAAGCAGUACUUCAAGGCCUUUUAAAUUAGUAGUUACAUUCUAUCACAUUUAUUUGAAUUUCAAAAGCUAAAUAAAGUGCUAGGGAGCUCUUAUGUUGUUUUAAAAAGUGACUCUAUAUAUAUGUUCUAAAAACUAGGAAUAUGUCUUUUUUUUAAUUUAAUUUUUAAAACAUUUAGGGUAAAAAAUGUCUGCUAAGGUAAGGUGUCUAGUACUGUGAUACAAUAAUUUUUAUUUCUGCUUUUUGAAGUUGUGAACUUUAAAAUGUUUUACAGAUUCAAAAAUAUAAUACUGUAAGAGGAAGUGAAAUUUCAUAUUGAAUGCUUUGAAAAUGGACACAGUUAAAAUAUCUAUUUCAAGAAUUCAUUAUAAUUUAUAUUUUCUUUUUAUAUUUACACAAUAACUUUAAAUACUAAGAAUUUUUUAUGGAUGCAAAAAACUCCAGUUUCAAUAUUUGUUAUAGGGUCCAUACAAAAUGUAUACCGAGUUAUUUGAAUUUUGCAAUGUGCAAAUACAGCAGUUCAAUAGUGACUGUAAAAUAUUAGAAUAUAUGUUUUCUUUUUUGCACUUUACAACAUCAAAAAGAGAUGUUUUCUAAUAAAGUGCACUCAACUCUCUCUUCCUACAGGGUGCUGAGCACUGUUUUACUGGGGUGAAUGACUUGAAAUCCACCGUAUCUGGUGGAUACGGUCAUUGUGAAGGAGAAUUCUAUACUUUGCAGGAAGUAAUCCCUGUAUGUUACCCACUGUUUUCAUUCCUUACUUCAGACUGCAAAGCUCUUUCUAUCUUGCUUUUACAUUGUAUAUAACAAAUACUAGACCAGGGCACCUUGUGUAGUGUAGAUGUUAACAACUUAUGCACUGGGAAUACUAAAGGGAAAUUAUAUUGAACACUGUGCUUUACAAUUUGUUCACUGUGGUGUUCUACAGUGAAGUAUUUCCUACUGUGAUAGUAUAGUAUGUACAUAACUGUUUCAAAUCAUAAAUGUGACUUACAGAAACAUUAGCAUAAACUUUUACAUCAGUGUAUUUUAUAAAUUUAUGGACAGCUCUUUUAUUGCUAGUAUUCUCAAAGAUUAGGGGUAACUUAAAUGCUAAAGACGACUCCAGUUUUGCAAAUGCUUACAUGUGUAAGUUUACACUGAAGUCAGAAAGACUCCUUGUGUAAAGUUAAUCAUAUGCCUAAAUUUGUGUGAUGGAAAACUAAUUGACUAGGGAAUUUUGUUAACUUGCUCUAUCUUAAAAUAACCUUAAUCUAAACCCUAUGCAAAAAAAGGUUAUAGGAAUUGUUUAUAUCAGUGGUUUUAUUUACAGAAUUAUAUCGGAUAUCAGUAUUGACAAAUACAAUACACCCAUGUUUACAGGGAUUGUGUGUAUCAAACAAGGCUUUGAAGCCAAACAUAUUUGUUCUGUGUUUCGUUAAUAAUGGCAUUCUGAAAUUUUGGAAUUGCUCAUGUGAUAUAGUUUACUACUUUCUUGAUGUGAAUGUCAACAGUAAUUGCAGCAUUAACUUCAGGUUGAUGUGAAUAUUGAGAUUUGCACUGUUUAUGUAGAAGUAGUGUAUUUAAAGAUUGGUGUAUGUGCUAAUAACACAACCAAUUUUAAGUGGCCGAUGUUAAAAUAUUGAAAAAUAAUUGUCAAUGUAAUAUAUUCCAGUUUGCUUUCUGAAUGCUCUCUUGGGAAAUAAUCUCAGCAGUAAACAUGGCUCAUUUGUAAAAGAAUACUUUCCCUCUCCCCAAUAAACUUGCUGUAAAUGCAACAAGCAAUUCAUCAUUAACUUCUUCACUGAGAAUGAUGGAGCAUUAGAAUGGGCUGCCCAGAUGUGUUGUGGAAUCUCCUUCCCUGGAGAGAUUCAAAACCCACCUGGAUGAGUUCCUAUCUGACCGACUCUUGAUGGUCCUGCUCUGGCAAGGGUUUUGGACUGGACGAUCUUUCAAGGUCACUUCCAACCCUUAAGAUUCUGUGAAUAAUACUUGUUAUGCAGACAAUACCAGUGAAUUGGGAGGCUGGAGAACAGGUUGAUUGUAAAGUGCACUUUGAGGAGUUUUUGGAAUUUGUUGUCUUCAGGGUGAGGACAUCAAAAGGCAAUUUUCACUUUGAUUUCAUGUAAGUGUAAAAAAACUUUUGGAUACUAGGUAGACUUUGAAUAUUGUGACCCAGCUGAAAUACCUUCUUAAAGUUGGGAACACAGCACUGUUGUUUCCCUAUUGGGAAGAUUAAACUGUUGCUUGACAAACUGGUGAAGCAAGGAAAAGAAUGUUUGCACAAGAUACUAAGUGCUGGAGGUAAUGGCUAUAUUGUCAAAACUUUUUUUUACACGGGUUUUGAGAGAUUGUUGUGAGAUAAAAAUUAAUAGAAUUCAUCACUUGUAUCAAAUAUAACUUUUACAGAUGAAUAUUUCUGUGUCCUCUUUGUGCUCUAACAGUAGUUAUUAACUACAGAUUUUAAAGAAGGGUAAUUCUUUUUGGCAGUUGUAAGCACAUUUAGGUAGCACCUUGCAUUUGCUUUGAACCAGUUACCUGAGGUAGCUGAAAUGUUGAUCACAUCAGACUUUCUGUUGCCUCCAGCUAACAGAACUCUUGAGGAGGUAUGUUUGACAUUAAGCUGUCUGAAUUUUUAGAUUAGCAUCUUUACAUAAACAACUGCUGAUCUCCAUUUACAUGGAUAAAACUGAGUUGCAAAUUAGGGAGCUCAAGAGCAGGUUCACUUCUUGUUCAGAUGUUCCUGCAGAUGACUAGUUACUCCUGGCAGAAUGAUGUUGUCUGAGCUUAAUGUGUUGCCCAGCCUGUCAUUCUAGGUCCUAUAAAGAACAUGAGCCAACUUUUUCAUACUCGUACCACUAUUUCAAAAACAGAAAUGUACAAGCCAGUCUUCAUUAGUACUAUAAAUACUUCAUAUUACCUUGGUAAACAGUGUUAGACUGUAAAUUAUGUUUAUACUCAGAUUAGGUUUCUUUCACAGUGCUGCUAUGUGUCAAGCAACUUUAAUGUCUAGUAGUAAUAUCUCUCUACUGUCACAAAUGUAAUGGAGUCAGCAAUAUUGUGGGCAGAUUCGUUUGUAAACUGAAAUUUCUUAUCAGUAACUAGUGUGGUUAUUCAUUGACUCUUUAAAUUACUCAAUAUUCUGUAAAGCUAUUUCUUUGUGAUACUUUUACAAACACAAGUAUUAGUAAUUAAAAGAUAAUUCUGCAAAAGGAUUUAGAGCAGUACAAAGGAAGUAAUGUGACUUACUGUUCCUCUGGCUUAGUGAAAUGUCUGCACUUUCACAUAAGGAAAAGCAGCUGAAUUAUUGAUUGAUUUUUAAUAGAGGAGUUGGUUCAUUUGGCAUACAUACUGUUUACUGCUACAAAAGAACCUUAAAAUACCCUAUUAAACAGUUUUAGGGGAGUAACAAAAACACAAUAUUGCAUCAGAAUGGACUGAGGAUUCAAGCUGGUAUUGAUGUAAAUGUUUUCUCAGCCUUUUUCCAUGGCUACUUUUCUGAACAAGGUAACGGUACCUGCACAGCCGUGUUCCGUAGCACUUACCUAGGAACAGAAUAAUUCUUGGCAGAAAUGAUUCUAUGAUUCAGAAAAUAUUCACAGAAUGGUGAUGUAUGUUAAUUGGUUGUGAUGAAGUGUUGCACAAGGGUCUUACAUUUUUAAUAUGUGCAUGUAUUAUGUGCAUGUGUGUAGAUACAUGCUGUAUUGCAUGUCUAGGCCUCAAUUUACUGUAAUAACACCUUAGUUAAGAAAAUCUGUAUUUAAAAAUGAAUUCUCGGCUCACACAAAUUUGGAGGACCGGACAAGGGGGCUACCACAGAGGAAGAUUAUAAGAAGUCAGAGAUGAAAGGCUUCUGGGGUAAUGUUUUCAGGGGUAAAUUUCUCCCCUCGCUAUCUCCAUGUGCAUGUAAUGUUCUCUGACACUGAAUGGCACACUUUCUUGCUGGCUGUCCAGCAUAUAAACACAUUUACUAACUCUGCAGGUCUGUGAGUAUAUGUGGAUGUGUAUCACAUAUGUGUGUGUAUACACAUGUGUGUAUCCUCACAUGACAUUUUGGUCUUGAGUUGGAAUUUUUUGUUAUUUCUCAAGUAUCAUUCCAGUGAUCUUCAUUCUUUCCCCCCUAUAUGAGAGUCUUUCCCAGCACCAAUCUUUAUGUUGCAAAACAUUGCCUUCCUGCAGCUGAGAUAGUUGACUGAGUAUUCUGGAUUGGGAGAAGAAGAAAUAACAUGUCUGUUUCUGCUAGAAGGAUAUAAAAGUGCUUUGAUAUUUGUCUAUCUGUGAGAAACACUUCUCAGUUUACUCCUGUGACCCACAGGGAUUCUGUAAAACAUAAGGAAUGCAGAGCUGUUGGUUAGCUCUUGCCAGCCAUCCAGCAUUUUAUAUAUUGCUCAUUUAAAAGAUUCUGGCUGUUUAGAGCACCUGUGUAGAAAAGAAAACUUCAGAUGAUUGCUGUAGUCUGCACUAGUAAAUAAAGAGAUGCUUUCAAUUACACA